AUGGAAUUAUCAAACUAUACUCAUUGGGAAAUUGUUUCAUACGUACAGGUAUUUUUGUUUGCAAUUUUGCUUGUUGCUUUCUUGGUAAUUACAUCAAUUAAAAAAAAAGAAAGAAAAGGGUUACGUCAAAUCUUACCAUUCUUUAUCUUUUUCACAAUUUUCCUCGUAUUAAAAAUAGUCGGUGGUAUUCUUGGUUUGGUGUUUAUUCAUCAAAAAACUUUUAAUGUUAGUUUAUUUAUUCCUACAUUCAUAUUUGAUUCAAUUGGUUUGGGUUUUAUAGCUAGAAGUAUCACAUCUUUGGUCACCCAUAAUUUCAAGUAUCAAGAUGAUUUGCCUGAAUUCUUUAGAUCAAAACACCAAAAGGCUAAAAAUAACAAUAGUUCCAAUGCAUACAAAAAAUCCGAUAAUGACAGUGACAACUAUAAUGAUGAUAAUGACGAAAUCAACUAUUGGCCAUUUAGAGUAUUAACAAUCAUCUUGAUUGCAGCUAUAGUUGUGAAUAUUGUGGGCACCAACAUCAGUGUUAACAAUCAAGGUUCUUCAAUGGGUACUUCAUUAAUUAAAGUAGGAUCAAUUUUAUUUUUAAUUGAAAUUUUAUUAAUGAUUUUAUUUUUGGUUACCAUUGGUUUGAGUGGAUCUCAAUUGAAUACCGUUGUUUAUUUACUAAUUGUUGGUUUGGUAGUUUUGAUUGUUAGAUGUGUUUUUUCAAUACUCAGUGGUUUCCAUUGGAGCACCUGGGAAAACCCAAGUCCUUACAUUAUCUAUUUUGGUAAAUAUCAGUAUUAUACUUUUCUUGCAUUGUUACCCGAAGUGAUAACUGCUAUUAUUAUACUUGUUGCCUUUAUGUUCUGGUAG